AUGCUCGUCAAGUCAAUAUGUCGAAAUAUCUUGCGGCCUAGGCUUGGUCUGAAACUGUCUCCCUUGCGAGGUGUACAUACCGCAUCCGAUUAUGCCUUGUCUCCAGCUCUUUUAAGCAGAGCACGUCUACUUGCAGAUGAACAUACAAAGCUUGCGGAGCGAUUGGGAGAAUCCUUUGAUGCGAAAACGGCCAAACGAGCCGGAGAACUGGCACCGGUUGCAAAUAUCUUGAAAGAAUGGGUCCAUGCCAACGAUUCUAUCGUCGAGCUCAAAUCCCUAUUAAACGACCCCGACACUGACUCCGAACUACGGUCUUUGGCAACAGAAGACCUUGAGAGCAGUCGCGAUACCUUGCCUACGAUAUCAGACCGACUGAAGAAGGCUCUCAUUCCGCGACAUCCAUUUGCAGACCUUCCUUGUUUGCUCGAAAUCCGACCCGGUGCAGGUGGAGAUGAAGCAGGCUUGUUUGCUUUUGAGAUGUUACGGAUGUACGUUGCCUUUUGCUCCAGAAGGGGCCUCCGCCCAACAAUAUUGAAGCAGGACACAGAGGUCGGCGCGUCCGACGACCGUCUCAUUGAAGCGGUAAUUGAAAUUGAAGCCAAUGGUGCAUACGAUAUAUUACGGACUGAAUCGGGGGUACAUAGGGUGCAGAGAGUCCCCGCAACCGAGACCAAGGGUCGCACCCAUACUAGCGCCGUCAGCGUAAUGGUCUUGCCGAGUUUCCCAGAGGACGGCAGUGAGAUGGAUAGUGCCAUGAACUUUGAAGACCCCAGCAGCGAUUACUAUAUUGACCCGCAAGAGGUCCGGGUUGAGAAGAUGAGGGCUGGAGGUGCUGGUGGGCAACACGUCAACAAAACCGAGUCCGCCAUUCGACUGACUCAUAUCCCUACUCAUACGGUUGUCUCCAUGCAAGAUGAACGAUCCCAGCAGGCCAAUCGGAGGAAGGCGUGGCAGAUGCUACGGGCAAAGCUGGCCGAAGCCCGGCAAGAAGCUCGUGAGCAAGAGCUUAUGCAGCUCAGACGAGGUAUAUUGGGUGGUGUGGCCAAAAUGGGUCGAGGUGAUAAGAUUCGAACUUACAAUUUUGGCCAAAGUCGCUGCACCGACCAUCGUACAGGUAUCACCGUCCACAAUCUGGAUGGUAUUCUUGAUGGCGGUGAUGGUUUGGAUACCGUGAUGGACAGUGUGCGGGCUUGGAUAGCCGAUAGGGAAGUUGAGGCCAUGGUUGCCGAGGACAUGGCAAACGCAAAGAGUAAAUAG